AUGAUUAAAAAAUCUCAUUAUACAUACAUCGAUAGCUUUGCCAUAAAGUUGCCAUUUACUGCAAUCCCAUUUUUCAGAAAACAUCUGAGGGAAGGGACCACCACGGGUUCCGGUGCCAUGAAGUGGCCCUUCUUCUGGGACCUCAACCGACUGUUGGGGUCUCUACCGCUGAACGACACGACCCUCGUGGAUGAAAGCCUGUCUUCUAACCAUGCUACACCAGCAGUAGUGGAGUUGCUCUCCGACAUGCAAGAGGGAGGCGUGGUCGAAGUAGACUACUUCGAGGAGCCCGUCGAGGAACCGGGAGAGGAGCUGCAUGGCGAGGAAAGCCAAGUCACCAGCACCCCCGCCACUACAAGUGUAAGCAGGCCGGGGCCCAGCAGCGUCAAUGACACGAGCAACACGCCGCCGAGGCCACAGAAAAGGAAGAGGCCGCAAGCUCCAAGCACCGCAUACAUUAAAACGGUGAUUGAUGAGCAGAGGCUGCUCAGGCAGAGUUUUGAGGCAUCGAGGGCAAGAGAGUUCGCCUUACGCGAGCGGGAAAUAGUCCGGCAAGAAACCGCCAUCAAGGUGCAGCAAGAGCUCGCGACUGCAUUGAUGGCUUUCAUGAAUAAAAAUACCACAUAA